GUUCAGCGCUCGAUCAGUGCCUGGAGCUGAGCUGCCGGACCGAAGGCAGUAACCGAGCUCUUUCCAGCUCGAGCUACCGGCGCAAGAUGAGCGUAGCAGUGGAGGAAGCUGUCUUGCCGUCCAUCUCCACCUUUGCCGGCUUGGUGCCGCUGGAAGAGAGGCGACCCGAGAUGAGGCUGGCUCUUCCUUCCGUGGAAAUCGCCACCGCCAUCAAGAGGGAAGCAGACGAGCUAGGUAACUUCGUCGACCUGGAGUUCAUCCUGGCGCACACCACCAACGGGCAGCCCAAUGGCGGGGUGGGGCCCGCGCAUCCCGGCGGCAACCCUAACUACCCCCUGCCCGAAACCCCGGAGAGCUGCGGCACCACCUAUGACAGCGAUAGUUCCAACUACCAGCCCCCUAACAAGUUCGCGGCCUCUUACCUGCCCAGCCCUGGCCACAGCUACGUAGCCGAGCUCUUCACUCAGGACAUGCAGCAACCCCCUCCCUCGGUGGGUCCCAGCCACUGCGAGCUCCAGCGGCGGGAAUACACGGAGCUGCGCGCCCCGGGUUUGGCCCACCCGCCCUCCGGCUUGCCCGGGGGGCUGCCCUUAGAGCACCUGCGCGUCAAACAGGAGCCGAUGGACGGGCACUCCUGCAUGCUGAGCGGCCCGUCCGAGUGCCUGGCGGCCGGAGCCCUGGACCACAAGCCCCUCCUAAUGCAGCCUCUGCUCCAGCACGCGUCCUCCGGCUUCCCCGGCGAGCAAAUGGGCUCGGGGCCCCAGUGCCAGAUGGGCGGCGAUCUGGGCGCCCAGAUGGGGGCUCCCCAGCAUUACCCGCGGCCUGCCCACCUCUUCCAGCCCAACUUCGCCGGUCAUAUGCAGUCCCAGUUCCACGGACACUUCAGCGUCUUUCGAGAGCCUUUGAAACCGCGCGCCCAAGGCAUGCCCGGGCUGCUCGUCACGCCGCCCAACUCGCCCGUCUUGGAUUACUACGCCCCGAUGGGUCCCCCGGAGGAAUGCAAGCCCAAAAGGGGUCGGCGGUCUUGGGCCCGCAAACGCACCGCCACCCACAACUGUGAAUUCGCUGGCUGCGGGAAGACCUACACUAAGAGCUCGCACCUCAAGGCGCAUAUGCGGACCCACACGGGUGAGAAGCCUUAUCAUUGCACCUGGGAAGGCUGUGGCUGGAAAUUUGCACGGUCAGAUGAACUGACACGCCACUACCGCAAGCACACAGGUGUCCGGCCUUUCCAAUGCCAGCUAUGCGACCGUGCCUUCUCUCGAUCAGAUCAUCUGGCCCUGCACAUGAAGAGCUGUAAAGUUUCCAGUAUGGUCAAUCUAUUCAGACCAAUAAACAACCUGUGAUGAUGUAACCCUUCUUAAAGCAAGUAACAUCCACCAAUAAGUCUCCAGCUGACAGCAGUGCGUAUUUGGGAUUAUCCAACUGAAGAAACUAAAAUGGUCACUUCCGGAAUAGGUUGUAAAAUAAUAUAUACUCUGAACAAAGACAAGAGUUGUUUUGGUAGGUUGUGCAAGCUAAGGUGCCUAGGAACAAAUAUUUGGCAGCAAAGUUCUGUGCUCAGAAGUAAAGCUGCAAAACCAUACACUUCAGGUUCCCAUCUUCUUUUUCUUGCUCAGGGAUGUUG